UCACUAUCCCUUCCCCGGUGGUGCCGUCUUGUAGGUUACAUUGGGACACUGUAAAUUUGUUAAUUUUGGGGGAAACAUGGCAACAUAAGAUGCCAGCUGGCAGACGAAUGACAAGCUUUCUGUGUGCAAGAAAGCUAACUUGUCUGGUAGUUUUUAUGCUGAGGAGGCCCGAAUAAUUCUUCCUUUUGUUUAGAAAUUUCGACAGCUAAAGCUUUUGGGGUUUGGUAGCUACCUGUUACCGUGAUCAAGAUCCUAGAUUCGACCCCAGAUCAGUCUGAUAUUACGGAGAUAUGGACAUCGUCACCGCUUCGGGAUGCUUGCUUGGAAUCUGUGUGGGUGGACUUGUGUUUGCAGCAUAUAAACUUGGUUUGUUGUAUCAGCUGUUUCACAAGACAGAGCGAAAGAGCCCUCGCCACGGCGGGGAAAGUGUAGCGGAAGUGCUACGUGCACAUGGGGUCAAGUUCGUCUUCACCUUGGUGGGAGGACACAUCUCGCCCAUCCUGGUGGCCUGUGAGAAGCUAGGCAUCCAAGUUGUAGACACCAGGCAUGAAGCCACGGCCGUUUUCGCUGCUGACGCCGUAGCCCGACUGUCAGGCACCGUUGGUGUAGCAGCAGUGACAGCAGGACCUGGACUCACAAACACAGUGACAGCAGUGAAAAAUGCUCAGAUGGCUGAAUCACCCCUGCUCCUGAUAGGCGGAGCAGCGGCCACUCUCCUACAAGGCAGAGGUGCCCUUCAGGACAUUGACCAGAUGUCGCUCUUUAAGCCGCUGUGUAAGUUCUGUGCCUCAGUGAGAACGGUGAGGGAGAUUGUUCCCACGGUGAGGAAAGCACUGGCCAUGGCUCAGUCUGGAACUCCAGGCCCAGUGUUUAUAGAAUUUCCCAUAGACACACUUUACCCAUAUCACUUGGUCGAGAAAGAAUUCGCUCCAAAAAACACUCCCAAAGGAUUGAUGGGAAACAUCAUUGCAUGGUACCUUCACAAUCACUUAACAAAUUUGUUUGCGGGAGCCUGGGAACCUCGAGAUGUCUCUCCACUUCCUGUGCACAUCCCCCAGGCAUCAGAUGAGGAGGUGCAAAAGUGUGUGGAACUGGUUAGUCGAGCCAAGAAGCCGGUUAUUUUGUUAGGCAGCCAAGCCACACUACCUCCAACACCUGCGGAAGACGUCAGAAAAGCUCUGGAAGCUCUGGGUAUCCCUUGUUUCCUUGGCGGUAUGUCCCGUGGGAUGCUGGGUAAGGACAGUCCUCUGCACAUUAGGCAGAACAGGCGAGAUGCCCUGAAAGAGGCCGACCUUGUACUGCUGGCAGGCACAGUGUGUGACUUCAGGCUGAGCUACGGCAGAGUGCUGAACCGACGCAGUAAAAUCAUUGCUGUCAACAGAGACAGGAAUCAGCUGCUGAAGAAUUCUGACAUGUUCUGGAAACCCACAGUGGCCAUUCAGGGUGAUGCUGGUUCCUUCCUGCUGCAUCUGUCCAAAGGCCUGAAAGGUCACAGAUGUCCUGAGGACUGGCCCCGCAGCCUAAAGGAGGGAGAUUUCACCAAAGAGAAAGCCAACCGUGCAAAGGCAGAGGAGAAAACAGAGAGACACCUGAACCCUCUAAGCGUACUGCACCGUGUGGAUGAGCUGAUGGCUGAGGACAGUAUCAUUGUGGCAGAUGGGGGAGACUUUGUGGGAAGUGGUGCUUACAUACUGAAACCGCGAGGCCCACUCCGCUGGCUGGACCCAGGUGCGUUUGGGACUCUGGGUGUGGGGGGAGGAUUCGCUCUGGGGGCGAAGCUUUGCCGACCUGAGUCGGAGGUGUGGAUUAUUUAUGGUGACGGUUCCUUAGGCUACAGUGUAGCUGAAUUUGACACCUUCACGCGACACAAGACCCCUGUUAUAGCCCUGGUGGGGAAUGAUGCCUGUUGGAGUCAGAUAUCCCGGGAGCAGGUGCCCAUACUGGGCAGUAAUGUUGCCUGUGGGUUAGCAUUUACAGAUUAUCACAUUGUGGCGGACGGGUACGGAGGCAAAGGAUAUCUGAUUGGCCGGGACGAUGAGUCGCGUCUUGACGACAUCAUAGGGGAGGCUCAGCGGGAGUGCCGGGCAGGCAGUGCUGUGCUGUUGAACGUGCUCAUUGGAAAGACUAACUUCAGAGAGGGUUCAAUCUCUGUGUAAAACUCACUGUGCACCAACCUGCCUAAAAACCCCAAAGCCUUCAAAAUGCUGCGAAAACAGAUCGAGAUCCACACUUUUACUAAAUUAUUUCACUUAAAGUUAAAAAAAAAAAAAAAGGGAUCUGGGAGAGGAAGGGAUAUGGAUGUGUGUAAAAUGAUGUGGAACUCCUUUCCCAACAGAAAACUGAAUAUCAAACUGUCAGGCCCUCAUCACAUCACCAAAGUUAUUUUUAUUAAUCAUAAGAAUUAUUUAAAAUGCAAAGAGCUUGAACUGGAAGUGAACUCCUGGGUUGUUUGUGUCUUGCCAGGAAAGAUUUUUGUUUAUGUUUUUUUUCAGCAAAAUUAAAUGAUAGAAGAACAUUUCAAGUAUUUUAAGUGAUCACCUAAAAUUUGACCAGAUUUUGAAAAAAAUAAAUAAAUAGAAAACCUCAUGAAUAUAGCCGACAUGAAAAAUUAGAGUGACAGCAGUAGCUCCAUCCACUGAUCUGUUUCUGCAUCUUUGCUGAUUUCAGUGAGUCUUAAUGCACUGAGACUAAACUGACUAAGGACUAAAUCCCUGUAGCUUUCUGAUACUGUAAAAUCUGUCCACACGUUUACAGUACACAAACACCAAACAUGUCAGUGGCAUCCAGAGUCCACAGUUGUCAUGCCCCUGACUCAUGGGAAACACUGCACUCUACCAAGCCCUUUUUCAUUUUUGUUUUUGUUUGCUUUUGCAAAUAUUUGUAAAAUGAUUAAUAUGUUAAUUGUUGAUAAUUUGAAAAGUUUCUAAAUUGUCUCAUGAUAAAUAACAGGUUUGGGUGCCUUAUUUAUAGUGAAGGAAAUAACUGGGAUGUAGAUUUGUGAGAGUAUGAGACCUGCAGUGACUGUUUAUUUGGAUAAGGAGUGGCAGCCUAGGACCUUAAGCACAGACAUGCUCUAACACCUCCAGGUUUGUUUGACAUUCAUAUACUAUCUAAUCAGGCUGGACACAAACGCACUGUAGGGACAUGCUAAUUACUAAUUCACAUUUUGUUGCAAUGUAAUGGGUGCUUUAAACUAGAGAUUUGUUGCAAAUGUUACCUUUGAUUUGAAACAUUAAUAUAAUUAAAAAUGCUCGGUAAUGUGCAGCAAGAGGAUCUCUCUUCUGUUCCUAGACAGAAUGUUCCUUCUAAAUACACAGGACAAAUUACAUUGGUUUCUGUUCAAGCAGAAAUAGGUUUUGUUGCACCAAUAUAGCUACAUCAAGUGUCAUGUUAAACUUUAAAGUAUUUACUGACGGCAUGUGCAACAUUUCAUGCAAGUCAAUAAAAUCCGGA